CAAAUCCCUCAAGUACGGCCGACCCGAUCCUAAACAGGGGAAAGUUUCUCAGGUCAAAUAGACUAUUUGACGUCGCGGGUCGGCUGAGGUCGGACUAAUGAGAAUACAAAAGGAGAGCCGUCGAACUGUUCGAACCAGCCAUGGGUGUGACCAUGUAUCCGCUGCUCCAAGCUGCAAUUUCACUCCUGCUCGUAGGCGUCUACUUCUUCUCAAGACAGACAGGGAAAUCCAUUCCGGAUCUGCCAGGUCCCAAGUCAUCGUCGUGGCUAUACGGAAACUUGGUCGAAUUGCUCCUCGCGCCGGUCUAUGGCCAGUAUGAAUUUGCGUGGCUGAAACAAUUUGGAAGCGUGUAUCGGAUACGGGCCUGUUUUGGGCGGACUCAAAUUGUACUGGGGGACCCAGUAGCCAUGCAUCACGUCUUCAACAGCCCAAACUACGAUCAUGCGCUCCCCCUUGCAACAUACAUGCGUAUGGUCUUUGGAAUGGAUAGCGUAGAGAGUGUCAGAGCUGCGGGCCCUCAGCAUCGGCAUUUACGCACUGCUCUGAAUGGGGUUUUCACCGCUUCUGUGGUCCAAAGCUACGAAGCUAUCUUCGAGCGAGUUGCUGAAGGCAUCUCGGAACAAAUCGACUCAAGCCCGACUAAGAUUCUCGAUUUCGCAGAGAUUCUCUCUGCUGCAACAUUAUCUGCCAUUUCGCUAGGUUUCUUCAAGGACACAUGCCGCUCUGUCGAAGAACUUGAUCCGGAGUUCGUCGAGCUCAACACACAUCUUUUGCGGACUGCGGCGAGAUCCUCAAAAGGAGACCUGCUUUCGAGCGAUUUCACAAGCAACUACCUCCCCCGGCGCUUGGUCGAUUGGCUAUUGAGUUUUCGGGUCGGGACAAUGGACGCAGUGAACCGCGGUCGUGACCUUGGCUUGGCGCUAGGACGCACGCUUGUCGAGGAUAAAUUGCGCGCUCAGGCAUCCAGCGAGAACCAAGUAACUGACGAUGUAUACGAUCUACUUCUAUGGGGGAAAGCAGGAACGGCGACCAAGAAACUCAGUACCGAAGAGCUCAUAGCCCAAACCUCCAUUCUCCUUGUUGCCGGUCAAGAUACUACGGCGAACACGCUCGUCUUCUGUCUGAUAGCUCUCGCCCGAGACCCCUCGCUCCAAGACAAACUUCGAGCGGAGAUACUCGCUCGUCUGCCGGGCCAGCCGUACAACCAGCUCCCGCUGCUCAACGCAGUCAUCAAAGAGGCUCUCCGGAUGUUCCCGGCCGAACCUCUGACCGACCGCCUCGCGUAUGCAGACGACGUCAUCCCUCUUUCUGAGCCGAUUCUGGAUCGCCACGGGCGGAAGAUCGACUCGAUCCACGUUCGAAAGGGACAAGUAGUGACGAUGGCCAUUGCCUCGUACCAAAGAGUUGCGUCCCGGUGGGGUCAAGACGCGAUGGAGUUCAACCCGAUGAGAUGGCUCGAGGGAGGCUCAGUCCAGACCAGCGACAUCAUCGGUCCCUACGCCAAUCUAAUGAGCUUCAUCAGUGGAGCGCGAACCUGUGUUGGGUGGCGUUUCGCCGUCAUGGAGAUGCAGAUCAUCCUCUGCGAGCUUGUCAGCAAAUUCAAGUUCACCAUCCCACCGGGAAAGGAAACUGUCGUGCGGGUAGCUCAAACCCUGAUUCCGAUAAAUGACAAAACGGGGGAGAAGUGUGCAAUGCUGCAAGUCGAAUCCAUCUGA